UCAGUCAGUCGCUGACGCGCUACGAGAGCACACGUAUUGUCGGCGCGCAUAUUAUUCACACGUCACCACUUUCCAAACUCCGAUAAACUUGAAAACUUAUUCGUGCUGUGCUGUGUGUGUUGUGUUCAUGUGAUUUGUGUCUGUUACAAUGCGGGGCGCCUGGGUGGCGUUCUGGCUGCUGGCUGUGACUGCAUCAGCGGCGAGCGCCGACACGAGGCACUUAGCAGGCGACACGAUAUGUCCGAGUGGAAUGUUCCGCUGCUCGGAGGGGAAGUGCAUCCCCGCGCUCUGGGUAUGCAACUAUCAGCAGGAUUGCGAGAAGGGAGAAGAUGAGCUGCAGUCUUGCCAACCUCCCGAAUGUGAAGCGGGCCAACUUACGUGUGGUCAAUAUGUAUGGAACAAGACAUACUGCAUACCACCACACUACCGCUGUGAUAUGCACGUCGACUGCGUGGAUGGAACGGACGAGGCGGACUGCACGUACCGCAAAUGCCAGCCAGAUGACUUCCAGUGCGGGGUGGAAAGGCCUGUCAGCGGCAAGGCCGCAGCCAACCAGGGUCCUUGCCUGCCCAAGGAGAAGAGAUGUGACGGGUAUUUAGAUUGUCGGACGGGUAAAGACGAACAAGAUUGUCCUGGGCGCAGGGUGAGCUGUCGCCUGGAUCAGUUCCAGUGCGCUUCUGGCGAUAAAUGUAUCGACGGCUCGCAGAAGUGCGACCACAAAGACGACUGCGGGGACAACUCUGAUGAAUCACACUGCAGUUUCCCGCCCUGUCACAUUGGACAGUUUCGAUGCAACAAUGCUCUGUGUAUCCCCGUAACGUACCACUGCGACGGCUAUAAGGAUUGUGCCGAUGGAACUGAUGAAGCGAACUGCACGGCUAUCACCUGUCCUGAUAACAAGUACCUGUGUCCUAAGGGUGGACCCGGGGGAACUCACAAGUGUAUCGCCCGCUCGCAGCUCUGCAACGGAAAGAUGGACUGUGAAGACAAUGCUGAUGAAGAAGCCGCUUGCUCAAUGUCUUCAUGUCCCGCCCUGGCCUGCGAGUAUAACUGCGUGGCGUCGCCCUUAGGUGGGCAGUGCACCUGUGCAGCAGGGCUCACCCUGGCUGCAGACAACCGCUCCUGCGUAGACCGCGACGAGUGCAAGGAGUGGGGACCCUGCCAUCAGCUCUGUGUCAACACGCCUGGAUCCUUCAGAUGCGCAUGUGCGCCUGGUUACACCCUCGUGGAUGGCAGCAUGUGUCGUGCGGAGUCCAGUGUGGGUGGAGCGCUGGUGCUAGCUCAUGAGAAGGGGCUGCUGCGACUCGACUUGGAGAGGAAGACGCCCACCACACUCGCCAACGCGACGUCUGCUGCCGGCCUCGACUACCACUACAGAAGAAACCUGCUGUUCUGGUCUGACUUGAAGACGAGGAAGAUCCACUCUCAACAAAUGAAUGUUCCGGCGGGUUUGAGUGGGUACUCCGGGAGCGAUAUCGGAGUGGCUGGGUCGUGGUCUCCCGUAGCGCUGGCAGUCGACUGGGUGGGAGAUAAGCUGUACGUGGCUGACAGCCUGGGUCAAAAGAUCGACGUGUUCGAGCUGGAUGGUCGCUGGCACGCUGUGGUGCUCGGCUCCAACCUCACUAGUCCUGCUGAUAUCGCGCUUGAUCCGACUCUUGGACUCAUGUUCGUAGCGGACAGUACACAGAUAAUUCGCGCAAAUAUGGACGGAACUCAUGUCCGCUCAAUCGUAUCAGAAGCUACGUACAAAGCAUCAGGUAUCGCAGUCGACACCAUAGCUAGAAGAAUCUUUUGGUGUGACUCACUACUGGACUACAUUGAAACAGUUGACUACGAUGGAAAUCACAGGUUUUUGGUGCUGAGGGGCCAACAAGUCCCGAGCCCUUCGCGUCUGGCCUUAUUCGAAGACAAAGUGUACUGGUCAGACAGCACGAAGCAAGGCAUAAGUUCUGUUAAUAAAUAUUUAGGAUCUUCCAGCAUCGAAGGCAUAUACAAAAUUAAAGAUAUCCGGGAUCCUAAGGCGUUGACAGUCAUUCACCCACUGAAACAGACAUCCGUUAAUAAUCCUUGUGGAAACAACAAUGGAGGAUGCUCACAGAUGUGCAUAGUCACGGCUUUGCAGAAUGGAGGCUUGGGGUACCGUUGCGCCUGCAAUAUUGGUUACAGUUUAGAAACCGAUCUGAGAAACUGUGAUUUGGUUAAGGAGUUCCUUAUGUAUUCUCAGCAAAGGUUCAUUAAAGGAAAAGUAUUGUAUCCUGUGAUAGAAGGUUUUAACGAUGCGAUACUUCCCGUAGUCUCCCGUCGUGCGAGAUUUGUUGGUUUAGACUUCGAUGCUCGGGACGAGUAUAUAUACUAUUCAGACGUGUUACAGGAUGUGAUAUACAGGGUCCACAGGAACGGUACAACGAAAGAGAUCGUGUUAGCGUCACAAAACGAAGGUGUAGAAGGUCUAGCCGUAGACUGGGCGUCAAAGAAUUUAUACUACAUCGACUCUAGGAAAGGAACUCUUAACGUCCUAUCCACUAGAAAUGUAGCAUACAAAAGAACGCUGCUCAAAGACUUAAAGAGACCGCGAGCUAUAGUAGUCCAUCCAAAUAAAGGUUAUAUUUUCUUCUCUGAAUGGGAUCGUCCAGCUAACAUCAGCCGUGCUAACACCGAUGGAAGUGGUUUGCUUGUCUUUGAGAACGUGACAUUGGGUUGGCCAAAUGGGUUGUCGAUUGAUUUCGAAGCAGACAGAGUUUACUGGUGCGAUGCUUUGUUAGACCACGUGCAACACGCUAAGUUAGACGGUACUGAUGUUAAAACUGUAAACUCCAGAUUGAUCAGACAUCCAUUCUCAAUAGUUAUAUACAAAGAGUUCAUAUACAUAACAGACUGGAGAUUGGAUGCCAUUGUCCGGUUGCACAAACUAUCGGGUGAGCAAGAGGAUAUAAUGGUGCGAGAACCGCAAACUAACAGGCUUUAUGGGGUCAAGGUUUACAGUGAAGAUGUGCAAAAGAUAGCACCUAACCAGCCCUGCGCUAUCAACAAUGGGAACUGUCAGAAAUUCUGUUUCGCAGUUCCGCGGAACAAUACUGAAUUCUUAACUGUCAAAUGUGGCUGUCCGUACGGGGAGAAGCUAGCUUUAGAUGGUACCAGUUGUAUUCCUGAUCCAAACUCAGAACCCCCACUUCAGGCCUGUCCUAAUUCUUGGGACUUUACCUGCACCAACCAAAGAUGUAUACCAAAGAGUUGGGUUUGCGAUGGUGAUGACGAUUGCUUGGACAACAGUGAUGAAGAACAAAACUGUACAAAAACUACUUGCAACGCUUCGGAGUUCAUGUGCAAGUCCGGGCGCUGUAUUCCCGCGACAUUCAAGUGCGACUCUGAGAACGACUGCGGCGAUUUCAGCGACGAGAGCGGCUGUGUCAACGUGACGUGCAGUUCGUCACAGUUCCAGUGUGACAACGGGCGCUGCGUGCCUAACACGUGGAAGUGCGACUCUGAAAACGAUUGCGGAGACGGUUCGGACGAGGGAUCGCACUGCGCUGAAAAAACUUGCGCUUACUUCCAGUUCACGUGUCCACGGACGGGGCACUGCAUACCUGCGUCGUGGGUGUGUGAUGGUGACGAUGACUGCUUCGACAAGCAGGACGAGGCGGACUGCCCUCCUGUCUCUUGCCUCGCCAGCCAGUUCAAGUGUGCUGACCUCAAGCAGUGUGUGCAGGAAGCGUACAAAUGCGACGGCAUCCCCGACUGCAACGACGGUUCUGAUGAGUUGGGCUGUCCAUCGCUGGCGCCGCACCAGUGCGCUCCUGACAAGCAGUUCCAAUGCCGAGCGUCCGGGAUAUGUAUACCGCACACGUGGUAUUGUGACGGAACCCCCGACUGCGAGGACCUGUCUGACGAGCCAGCGGAGUGCGGGUCGGCCGUGUGUCCUGCUGGUCACUUCCGCUGCGACAACGGGCGCUGCCUGUUCCGCGCCUACGUGUGCGACGGUAAUGACGACUGCGGAGACGGCUCCGAUGAGGGUGCCGCGCAUGCGUGCAAACCGCCGCCAUUCAGAUGUCCUUCCGGUCAAUGGGCUUGUCCAGGCGUGACCAAUCGCUGCGUAAACAUCACACAAGUGUGCGACACCAACAUGGACUGCCCCAACGGCGCUGAUGAAGGAGAGGGGUGUGACCUUGCGGAAUGUGAACACCGUAGCGGUCUAUGCUCUAACCAGUGCAAGCAGACACCAACAGGGCCGCUGUGCUUGUGUCCAAGCGGGGAGGAGUUACAGACUGAUGGUUACACCUGCCGCGACGUCGACGAAUGCCAACCACCCGGGCUUUGUUCCCAAAUCUGCACCAACACCAAACGGUCUUACUUCUGCGGCUGCGUCGACGGUUACCGUCUUGCUCCAGACAAACACUCUUGCAAAGCUGACAACCAUUCCAGCGCUUUUCUCAUCAUAUCCAACCGGCAUUCCAUCCUCGUUGCUGAUCUCAACGAGCAAGGACUUGAGCGUGUCCCUAUCAACGUGGAGAACGUCGUCGCCACAGCAUCUAAUAUGCACACGGGCACUAUAUUCUGGUCCGACAUGAAGCUGAAGACUAUCUCACGUUUGGAUCGCGGUGGAGAACCAAAGGUUAUUGUUUCUACUGGACUUGAUUUGGUCGAAGGUCUAGCUUAUGACUGGGUUGCUGGAAACGUAUACUGGUUGGACAGCAAACUGAACAGCAUAGAAGUGUCUAAAGAAGACGGCAGUGCUCGCACUACUCUUGUCAGCGGAAAUAUCACGCAGCCACGUGGAAUGUGUCUAGACCCUGCACCAGGUGAUCGCUGGCUGUUUUGGACUGACUGGGGAGAGAAUCCCAGGAUCGAGCGAGUCGGGAUGGAUGGAACACAACGAAGCGCUAUAAUAACCACAAAGAUCUACUGGCCGAAUGGUCUUACACUCGACACGGCGACCAAACGUGUUUACUUCGCCGAUUCCAAGUUGGAUUUCAUUGAUUUCUGUUAUUACAAUGGGACCGGCAGACAGCAAGUCCUGGCUGGCAGCCACUACCUGCUUCAUCCACAUUCGCUGACACUAUUCGAGGACACAUUAUAUUGGACGGACAGACAGUUGAACCGUGUGCUCUCGGCGCAUAAAUUCAAAGGAUCUAACCAAAGCGUAGUAUCACACCUGAUCUCGCAGCCUCUGUCAAUUCACGUGCACCACCCGUCCCUGCAGCCUCAACAUCCUAACUCUUGCUCGGCUGACGUCUGCCAACAUCUGUGCUUGCUCAGUCCUAACCAGACUGCAGGUUAUACGUGUGUCUGCAAACCAGGAUUCAAAUUACUGCCGGACGGAAAAUGUGUCGAAGAGGAGAGUUCAUAUUUGAUGGUGCUGAAGGGAACGCAGAUAAUAGAUUUGGCCAUCGAUGGAUCAGGACGAGCUGGUCGGUUGCCACCAGUCGUAGGAAUACAAGGUGGUGUUCAGUUGGAUUACGAUCGUCAAGGGCACACACUUUUCUGGCUCCAAUCCAUUUCUGGAGACAGUGAAGAUGACGAAAACUGUACGAUCUACAGCAUGCCUUACGGAGGAGGGAAUAAGGUUGAAUUUUUGGGUCAAGAUGCUGGAAUCGUUGGAGCGCCAUCCGCUAUUGCAUUUGACUGGCUUGGGCGAAACCUUUAUAUUGGCAACCGAGUUGCGGGCAAUAUCGAGCUAGUCAGAAUUGAUGGAAAAGUCAAGUACCGCUCCAUCGUGUUUGCUAACGACGGUUCGAGAACGUCCAUCGCGAAACCAAGGGGACUAUGUGUCGAUCCUACCGAAGGGAAAAUGUACUGGUCGGAUGAGGGCGGGCACGGCGUACCUGCGAAGAUCGGCAAAGUUAACAUGGACGGGACCUCACCCGUCAUCCUUGUGGACACCAUCGAGAGGCCCGAGGCUGUCACUAUUGACAUAGACCGCAAGAUAGUCUACUUCAGCACGCAGUAUCCAGCCAGCGUAAACAGUGUAGAUACUGACGGGAACGACCGCAAGACUAUCCUUACCGAAGCCAAUGCGAUCUCCUAUCCCAAGGUGAUCGCUGUGCUUGAUUCACGACUUUAUAUACUGGACCAGCGACACGAAAAGAUAUUCAAAGCGGACCUCCCGAACGGCGAUAAUGUCAAAAUAAUAAUGGACAAUGAAAGUGACCUGAAGUCUAUGACGAUCUUCCAGAAACGUAGGGCUGUGCACCACCCAUGUGCGCAGAGCAAUGGCGGAUGCGAACAGAUCUGCGUGCCGAGCGACGCCGGCUCUAGAGUGUGUGCUUGCUCUGUGGGAUAUCGAAAGGAGAACGAAGUUAACUGCGUGCCAUAUAAGACUUUCGCAGUUGUAUCUCAGUUGGACUUGGUCCGUGGAUUCCCACUGGAGGGUAGCGCUGAAGCCAUGGUACCGAUUACUGGGCUGGGCCACCACGCAUUGCACGUUGAUGUUCACUUCGCCGAAAACUAUAUCUACUGGGUCGAAUUCAACCGUGGUCGAUGGAAUGGCAUAUUCCGAAUUCGACCGAAUGGCACCGAGCUGCAGCACGUGAUCGAAGACGGUAUCGGCAGUAACGGUAUUCGUGGUUUGGCUAUAGACUGGGUCGCUGGCAAUUUAUAUUUCACCAACGUGUUUCCGCAUGAGAACUACGUGGAAAUGUCCUGGCUGGACGGUUCUAAUAGAAAAGUGAUUGUGAAGACUACUAUGGACGCUCCUCGUGAACUUGCUGUUAACCCCAUUAAACGUCUACUUUACUGGAUCGACUACGGACAAUAUCCGCGUAUCGGAAAGGCUUACCUUGACGGAAGCGAAUGGCGCACACUUGUAAGCUCGGGGAUAUCCAACCCACGCGAUCUGACUAUAGAUAUGUUGACACAUGACGUAUAUUGGGUUGACUCCAAAUUGGAUCAAAUACAAAAGAUUUCGUACAAUGGCGGCAAUAGACAGCUUAUUAGGUCGAACCUACCAAACCCAAUGGGUAUAGCCAUUCACACUGGGAAUGUCUACUGGGUCGAUAGAAAUCUUCAGACGAUUUAUAAAGCGUCGAAGUUACCUGGUAACACAUCAAUGCCGGAAAAGCUACGUACUAAUUUGCCAAAGCUAAGAGAUAUUGUGAUAUUUGAUAUUAACAAUCAGCCCAUUGAUGAUAAUAACCCUUGUAGAAAACUCGGCAACGGUGGGUGUGACCAAUUGUGCUUUAGCUAUCCACCUGAAGCUAAUAAAGGCAUAACACAUAGAUGUGACUGUGCUACAGGCCAGAUAUCAACGAUGGACUCCAAAAAAUGCGAUGUGGUCAGUGAAUACUUAGUGUUCACUACAAGGACUGAGAUAAGAUCUAUCAACAUGGAUCCGAAAUCGACCGGAGUACCAUUCAAACCAAUUGGAAACCUUACCAACGUGGUUGGAGUUGAAUUCGAUUACGCAGACAAUAAAUUGUUUUUCACUCAGAUCCGCCCUUGGGCAAGAAUAGCCUGGUUAUCGGCGAAUAGUCCAGAACAGGCUGGAAUUCAGAAUAUCAUUAAUAAAAAUAUCAACCCCGAGGGGAUAUCAUAUGAUUGGACUCAAAAGAAGAUCUACUGGACCGACAGCUCAAAUAAUUCUAUCUAUGCGAUGAACUUAGAUGGAAGUGAGCUGGUAAUGAUUGCGCGAGUCGAGCGGCCACGAGCUAUCGUAGUCGACCCCUGCAAUGGAACUUUAUACUACACCGACUGGGGACGUUUUGGCACAUCUGGUAAAAUCUACAGAACUACGAUGGCGGGAUCGUUGAAGAAAGCUAUCGUUGACAAGGAUUUAUCCCAACCCAGUGGGCUAACUAUCGACUUUGACGAUAACAUGUUGUACUGGACUGACGCAGUCCGCGAAAAGAUUGAACGUUCAAAAUUAGAUGGAUCAGAGAGGGAAGUGCUCAUAUCUGCUACCAUAUAUCCGUUUGCUAUUACAGUGUUCGGAAACUAUAUAUACUGGACAGAUUUGCAACUGCGAGGGGUUUAUCGUGCUGAGAAACACACCGGAGCAAAUAUGGUUGAAAUGGUAAAGCGUUUGGAAGAUUCUCCACGAGAUAUACACAUUUACAGCCCGAGUAGACAGAAGUGCCGAACAAACUUAUGUAAGAUCAGCAAUGGAGGAUGCGCGCAGAGCUGUCAUCCAGCGCCUAAUAACUCUGUCGAGUGUAAAUGUGACGAUAACACGAAGCUUGUGAACGAGGGUCGAAUGUGUGUUUCCAAAAAUAUCACUUGCGAUCAGAGCAAAUUCUUCUGCGCAAACGGAAAAUGUAUCAGUCGGAUGUGGUCGUGCGAUGGCGAUGACGAUUGUGGUGACAACUCUGAUGAAGAUAAGAACUAUUGUGCUUAUCACUCGUGUUCUCCAAAUGAAUUCCGCUGCAACAACGGCAGAUGUAUAUUUAAGUCCUGGAAAUGUGAUCACGAGAACGACUGCAAAGACGGUUCUGAUGAAGAGGGCUGCACAUAUCCACCCUGUGCUGCCGGAGAAUUCACAUGCCUCAAUUCUCGUUGCAUUCCAAUGUCGCAAGUCUGCAAUGGUAUCAACGAUUGCAAAGAUAAUAUAACUUCAGAUGAGACUCACGAGAGAUGCCCUAGGAAUACGACAUGUCCUGCAAACCAUCUCAAAUGUGAGAAGACCAACAUUUGUGUUGAACCUUACUGGCUCUGCGAUGGAGACAAUGACUGUGGUGAUAAUUCAGAUGAGGACCCCCUACACUGCGCGCAAAGAACUUGCCCUCAGAACAGCUUCCGUUGUCCCAAUCACAGGUGUAUCCCUGCGACAUGGUAUUGCGAUGGCGAUGAUGACUGCGGUGAUGGCGCUGACGAGCCUCCAGAGUAUUGUCGCUCAGAAGGAAGAACCUGUUUUGGAGACCUGUUCACCUGCGAUAACGGAAACUGUAUACCAAGAAUUUACAUUUGUGAUGGAGACAACGACUGCCUUGACAAUAGUGACGAAGAUCAAAGACACCAAUGCAACGAAAGAAAAUGUGACCCAGAUACUGAAUACACGUGUGAGGAGAAUAGAUUUUGGAACAGAGCACAAUGUAUACCCAAAAAAUGGUUGUGCGAUGGCGACCCUGAUUGUAUUGACGGUGCGGACGAAAAUAGUACGAUACAUCACUGUUCCACCCCGACACCAUGUUCUGAAGAUCAGUUCCAGUGCAACAACGGAAGGUGCAUCAAUGAAGGCUGGGUUUGCGAUCACGAUAACGACUGUGGCGAUGGCUCCGAUGAAGGCAAACAGUGUAACACGCAAUAUAAAAUGUGCUCCGAUCAAGAGUUCCGGUGUCAAAAUUUCAAAUGUAUCAGAAAUCACUUUAGAUGUGAUGGUGAAGAUGAUUGUGGUGACCAUUCGGAUGAAGUGGGAUGCGUCAAAGAGAACAAGACGUGUCCAAAUGGGCAGUUUAAAUGUAAUAAUGAUCAAUGUAUCGACAGCAAGCUCGUAUGUAACAAGGUGUCAGACUGUGCAGACGAUUCAGAUGAACCGGCACACUGUAAUGUGGACGAGUGCGCCAAGUUAGAGAUUAACCAGUGCGGACACAAGUGUAUCGACACUUUGACCGGAUUCUAUUGCGACUGUAACGACGGCUACAAAUUGUUGGCUGAUGGCAAGGCUUGCGCAGACAUCGAUGAGUGCGUAGAAACCCCAGGAGUGUGCUCGCAGUACUGUUCCAACACCCCAGGCUCGUACUACUGCAAAUGUAACGAGCAGUUUUAUGAACGAGCAGCCGAUGAACACACGUGUAAGAGAAAGGAUAACACCACUGCUUGGAUCAUAUUCACCAAUAAGUAUUAUGUCAGAAAUAUGUCCACCGACGCCUCGCUGUAUAACUUGGUUCACCAGGACCUCAUGAACGUUGUGGCUAUAGAUUUUGAUUAUAAAGAGCAAAAAAUGUACUUUGCAGAUGUGUCGGCUAAGACUGUAUACCGAUCAGAUUUCACGGAUCCAAAUCCGACCAAAGAAGUUGUUAUUAGACAUGAUUCACACGGUCUCGAAGGUAUCGCUAUAGAUUGGAUCGGAAGAAAAAUUUAUUGGUUAGACAGGCAUUCCAAGAAUUUAGAUGUGGCGGAACUAGACGGCACUAGGCGAAAGACUCUUAAAACUGCUAUCGCCGACCCCCGCGCUAUUGUCGUUCAUCCGGGGACGGGGUACUUAUAUUACACAUCGUGGCAUCUACAAGCAUACAUCGGAAAAUUGGGAAUGGAUGGUUCUAACUUUUCGACUGUACUAACCUGGGAGGAUGAUAUCGCGUGGCCAAAUGCUUUGACUAUCGAUUACUUCACUGAUAGAAUUUACUGGGCUGACGCCCACUUAGACUACAUUGCAUCAGCGGACUUAGAGGGUAAGCACAGACAUAUAGUUCUGUCUGGUAGUAAAGUACCACAUGUGUUUGCUCUCAGUUUGUUCGAUGAUGAAGUGUAUUGGACGGAUUGGAACUUGAAAGCUAUCAGCAAAGCUAACAAACAUUCUGGAGAAAAUUUGAAAGUCCUCAGAAACACGACCCACCGUCCCUAUGACAUUCAUAUAGUCCACCCGCUCCGGCAACUUCCGUACCCGAACCCAUGUGGAACUAAUAAUGGGGGAUGUUCACAUCUCUGCCUGAUUGCUCCGCCAUACGAAUCCAGCUACUUGAACAUCGAAGGGUACGGAGAAGAAGGUGCUACUACGUACAAAUGUGCUUGCCCGAAUCAGUUCUAUUUAGCUCGUGAUAUGAAGACAUGUAUUGCCAACUGCACGGAUGGACAGCACAGGUGUAAUGGUCGAGAUGAGAAGUGUAUUCCGUGGUUCUGGAAAUGUGAUGGCGAAAAGGACUGUAUGGACGGUUCUGAUGAACCCGAUACUUGUCCCGCGCGGCACUGCCGAGCCGGCUCAUUCCAAUGUAAAAACACUAACUGCACGCCAGCGGCCACCAUCUGCGACGGUGCGGAUGAUUGCGGAGAUGGCAGUGACGAAGCUCAGUGUGCUCAUGAGUGCCCGCUUCUUGAAUUUAAGUGCAAAUCUAGUGGAAGAUGUAUCCUGAACAGUUGGAAGUGCGACGGCGACACCGACUGUAAAGACAACAGCGACGAGGAUCCUGCAAUGUGUCACAAUAGACCUUGCAACCCUGAUACAGAAUUCGCCUGCAAGAACGGCCGCUGUAUACCAAAGUUGUGGAUGUGCGAUUUCGACAACGAUUGCGGUGACGACUCCGAUGAACCGGCUUACAUGUGCCGACAAAGAAACUGCACCACAGGCUGGAGAAGGUGCCCAGGGCAGUCAAACUACAGAUGCAUACCCAAAUGGCUAUUUUGUGACGGAAAAGAUGACUGCCGUGAUGGUUCCGAUGAGUUGCCAGAAAACUGCCCGUCGUGCAACAGCGAGACUGACUUCACAUGCGAGAAUAAAAGAUGUAUUCCAAAGCAGUGGCUGUGCGAUUUUACUGACGAUUGUGGUGACGGCAGCGAUGAAGCGGAAUCGGUUUGCCAGCACAACUACAGGGAGUGCUCGGAGUCUGAGUUCAAGUGCAGCAAUGGGAAAUGUAUAUCAUCCCGUUGGAGGUGCGACCAUGAAGACGACUGCGGAGACAACAGCGACGAGAUGGAGUGCGGUGGAUUCAAGUGCAAGAACGGCACGUUCCAGUGCAAGUCGGGACACUGCAUUGCGGCCUACUUCCGCUGCGACGGUGACAGGGACUGUCGCGAUCUGAGUGACGAAAUUGGCUGUCCACCACGAUUCCCUGGCGGCAGAUAUUGUCCGGAGAGCAGAUUCCAGUGCACGAACAACUUGUGCGUCUCGCAGUCGGACCUAUGCGAUGGUACGGAUGACUGCGGCGAUGGGUCUGAUGAAGCUCCUGCCAUCUGUACCAAUUUCAACUGCGACACUCUGCGACGCUUCCACUGUGACAACCAUCGCUGUGUGCCCAGAUACCAAGUCUGCGACGGCAUUGACAACUGCGGCGACGGUUCGGACGAAAACAACAUGACUCUUUGCGCCGCGCGGACGAAGCCCUGCGACCCGCUGACACAGUUCCAGUGCGCCAAUAAGCGUUGUGUGUCCCGCCAGGCACUGUGCGACCACAACGAUGACUGCGCCGACGGCUCAGACGAACGGGGCUGCCAUUUCGCACAGUCGUGCACGCCAGCGGAUAAAGGCGGUUGCGAACACCUGUGCACGAACGUCACGGGCGGCGGGUACAUCUGCACCUGUUUCCCGGGCUGGAUCAUCUCCAGCUCCGACCCCAAGCGCUGCGGAGACGUGGACGAGUGCGCCACGGGGCAGCAUCACUGCUCGCAUCUCUGCAACAACUUGAACGGCAGCUACUCCUGUGACUGUCGGGAUGGAUUUAAAUUGGCGGACAACCUAUCUGGAGUAUGCAAAGCAAUAGAAGACGAAGUAGUGUUGAUGUUUGCUAACGGUCCAGAGAUCCGCGCCUUUAUCCGAGAUAAGAACGAGGAGGUCGACGUCAUCAGCUCGGAGAAGAGAAUAGAAGCAAUCGACUACGAUCCUAAAUUAGAGAUGGUCUUCUGGGCAGACAGUUAUGACCGGUCCAUCAAGCGAUCUUAUAUGAUCAACGCGCUCAAUGGUCAGGUCAAGACUGGCUACGCACAGGACUUAGAAGGCAAAGGGAACGCCAAACCCACUGCUAUUGCUGUCGAUUAUAUUGGAGGAAACUUGUACUGGACAGAGACUGACCGAACUGGUUCUAAACCAAAAGGAAGAGUUAUGGUUUCCCGAAAUGAUGGCAGAUACAGAAGAGCGUUGGUAACGGCUGGUAUUGAAAAUCCAACUUCGCUUGUGCUUGAUCCGCAAAUGGGCAAAAUGUUCUGGGCAGAUGCUGGCUCAGCACCGAAGAUAGAAACGGCAUGGAUGGAUGGAUCUAAGCGACGGCCUGUGGUUACAGAGAACGUGAGGCAUCCAACUGGCUUAGCCAUCGAUUACGCAAUGGAUCAUAUGAUAUACUGGGCUGACACCAAGUUAAACACUAUUGAGAUGAUGAAACAUGACGGAUCGGGUAGGAAAGUGGUGGUGCGUGGAGAUUUCCUAAAGCAUCCGAUAUCGCUCGAUGUCUUCGAAUCCUCGUUGUACUGGGUGACCAGAGAUACAGGCGAACUGGUCAGGCAAGACAAGUUUGGUCGAGGUGUACCCUUCGUUAUAUCCAAGGAUCUAGUCAACCCCUCUGCAGUUAAAGUAUACCACCCGCGACGGUACAACACGACGGCGGGCUCGCGAGCGGCGGGCGCCGAGUGUGCUCGAGAGCCGUGCUCACGCCUGUGCCUGGCCGUGCCUGCGGGACACCGCUGUGCCUGUCCUGAUCAACAGUACGCACCCAAACGAGCCGGCCACGACCAGCUCUGCGACGGCGCUGUGGAAGUGGAGCGCGCUCUACCGCUAGCGUGCCCGUGUCAGAACGGAGGGCGAUGCGUAGAGGCCCCGGGCGGCGGUGUGCAGUGCGAGUGUCGCGCGGGCUCAGGGCCUCACUGCGAGGGCGGAGCAGCCGGGGCCUCCACCCGGGCCUCCGCUACCUCGGUGCUGCUGCCCGUAGCGCUCGUGUUACUUCUGGCACUAGCUGCCGCCGCUGCAUAUUUGGUGCACAGGAAGCGGCCAUUCGGCAAAGUGAGCGGACUGAGCAGCCUAGCGUCAUCGCAGAGCGUGUCGUUCAGGCCGGGCUCCAACGUGGAGCUCGGCGGGGUCGGGGGCCCCGGAGCGCCAGGGCCGGCUGGUGACGCGGCCUACACUCUGGAGCCCCGGAAAGGACGCGAUUUCACCAACCCAAUGUACGACGCGGUCACUCGCGCCGCUAUACCGGAGCCAGAACCGUUGCCUGGAAUAUAUGAAGUACCAGAUGAGUUGAAGGAGAAGGUUGUAUCAGCGGUGAUAUCUCCGUCGUCGACGGAGACACGCGGCGGGGGCCCCGGCAAGAGGCCCCGCGCACUCGACCCCGCGGCUGAUACGGGCGUCGAUACUCAGCAGCUCGUGAAGGAAGACCGCGACUGCUAGCAGCAGGCGGCGCCCGGGCGGGGCUUCCUCGCUCGGGCCUUCCGUAGCCCCAGUGUGGCUCGGGUCCACCCUACUUGGGCCUCAAAUAACUCGUUAACGAAGAGCCCUAGCGCGGCGCGUGUUCUGUUCAUAAAACUGCGAAGGUCUUGGAGGCCCCGAAAACGCGCGCGGGCCCUGCUACAUUAACGCUGCAGUUAUUUCACUAGAACUAUAUUAACACUUCUACAAUAUAACAGUUGAGAUCAGAACAUCAAGAUUCACAUUUCACGAUUUUUUUUAAAUAUAUUUACAUUUAAUAAAAUCCCAUAAAAUCUUAAUCACUUUCUCCUACAGAAAUAACUAUUAGAAUUUAAAUAAACCGCUUCUUUCCUAAGAAAUAUUUAUUUGAAUUUCCAAGGAAUCUCUGGUGUUCUGUUUUCAACAAACCUUAUAAUUAUAUACCAAUGUUAUAAUUUUUCAUAUAUUUUAUUUAUCUGUUUUUUCCCCUAUCUUUUUCUAUAUCUUCUCUACAAUCAGGUUGUACUUACAGUAUUCUAUCUUAUACAUUCCGAGAGUGAAAUAAUUAUGUAAAGUGAUAAUAAUGUUAGUGUAAGGCGAGUGUAAGAAAAGUGUAAAUGCGACAUCUAUCGUUAACAUUCCAAAAACAGACUUAACAUUCCUUUGUCUAAAUUAUGUAUAAAAGUAAAAUUAAAUAGUACAUAAAAGUAACGUAGGAAUUGUUCGACUUGAGUCCUUGUCGGUAACGACACAGGUCUUAAAUUUGUUUGACAAUAAGACAACUAUUUAGAAAGUAAUUUAUUUAUUUCGCUGUAAGACGUAUGUAAAAUAUAGCUGUGUUGUGUUUAAUUAUUGUCUAUUGACUGUAAAAUGUAUCGUACGUAAUCUGUGGGAACAUCGCGGUAUUGCCAUAUCACAAUUAGUGUGAGAGAUGUCUACUGUUGUUUAAUAUUUUUAAUGUCAGUUUUUGUUAUAAAUUUGUAAAUAUGGCUACAUUUUAGUGACGUAAUAAUAUGAAACUUAAAUGUCUUUUUCCUUUAUCGAUUUUAUUCGUUAUGGUUGUAAAGUUUUGUCCAAAUAUCACAAUUUAUAAAUAUUUAUGAAUUUCACAAGUUAUUAAUUUUAAAAGAUAUUAUGUAUAAAGUUACAAAUUUGUCAGAAUAUAAUAUUAUUAGGAGAUGAAAUAUUUUUGUAUUGGGAAUAUUAGAGAUGUAAUUGACCUUAGUUGAGUUGUAUAAAAUAAAAGUUAAUAAUUUUA